CAGCAUUCACUUGCUCCGCAUCUUCCAAUCCCCCCGCCCACGGCGAGCGCGAUGCCACCGCAGACACGUCCGUGAGCCGCGCCGCCUUUUGCUCUCUAAUUGCAUCCCGCAGCCCGCAGCAGACACAGCUCCCCGCCGCGAUGGCGCCCGCCGCGACCAGCACGCAGUGGUCCACCGACUUCGACACCGCACGCCGACAGCGCCUCUUCAGGAACCCGCCCAAAGACAGGACCGCCUAUCCCACGCUCGCCGCAGCCGUAGACCCCCACGUGCACUCCUUCAAUCGCAUCUUCGCCCACGGCGGCCAGCUGGAGGAAGCUAUAAAAGACAUCGGCACCAAAGUCUUCCUCGAUGGCGACCCGUCCGCGCAGCCCGAGGACGCUGGACAGCGCAAUCGGCUGCACGUGCGCAUACAGAAGCUGUUCUUCGACAAGUCGGUGCUGCCCGCGGCCAAUAAGUUCGCCGUCAACAACCGCAACGUCCUCCCCGCAGAGUGCAGAGAGCGGCACGUCAGCUACCGCGGCAAGCUGAGCGCGCGCAUCGAGUACAAGGUGAACAAUGGCGACUGGCAGGAGGUGGUGCGCGAUCUGGGCUACGUGCCCAUCAUGCUGAAGACCAGCCAGUGCCACCUCUUCAACAUGAGCCCGGACCAGCUCGUCAAGGCGAAAGAGGAGUCGGAAGAGCUCGGCGGAUACUUCAUCGUCAAUGGCAUCGAGAAGAUCAUACGGAUGCUGCUCGUGGGCCGCCGCAACUACCCCAUGGCCAUCAAGCGCUCCGCCUUCACGAACCGUGGCGCAGGCUACACGCAGUACGGCAUACUCAUUCGCAGCGUGCGCCCCGACCAGACGUCACAGACUAAUGCGCUGCACUAUCUGAGCGACGGUAACGUCAACCUCAGGUUUUCGUGGAGGAAGGCCGAAUAUCUGGUUCCCGUCAUGAUGGUCCUGAAGGCGCUAGUGGAGACGAAUGACCGGGAGAUCUUCGAGGGCAUCGUUGGCGCGGCUGGCUCCAAAGGCCUUGACGAGAAGCAGUUCGUGACCGACCGCGUGGAGUUGCUGCUCCGCACAUACAAGGUCUAUGGGUUACACUCGAAGGCAAAAACCAGGGCAUACCUCGGCCAGAAAUUCAAAGUUGUGUUACAGAUCCCGGAUGACACCAGCGACGAGGACGCAGGCACUGAAUUCCUCCGAAAGAUCAUCCUGCCUCACCUGGGAUCAUACAACGUCACUGAAAGCCAGAAUGCCGACAAAUUCCGCAUGCUUCUAUUCAUGAUCCGGAAGUUGUACGCUUUAGUAGAGGGCGAGUGCUCCGUGGACAAUCCCGACGCCGUCCAGAAUCAGGAAAUCCUGCUCGGCGGCCAGUUGUACGGCAUGAUCAUAAGGGAAAAACUCGAGGAGUGGUUGAACUCGAUCCGGAUCCCGCUGCAGGACUGGGGGCGGAGAGGAGGUUGGAAGACGUUUACGUCCCACGAAUUUGGAAAAGAAUUUGUUUCCAAAAUACUUCGAAGAGCCCCCGGCGAAGAUAUCGGUAAAGCCAUGGAGUACUUCUUGUCGACUGGCAACCUGGUCAGUCCUACCGGGCUUGAUCUCCAGCAGACGGCGGGGUUCUGUGUGGUUGCAGAGAAGAUUAAUUUCUACCGCUUCAUCAGCCACUUCCGAAUGGUGCACAGAGGCGCCUUCUUCGCUCAGCUCAAAACGACCACGGUGCGAAAACUGCUCCCGGAGAGCUGGGGCUUCAUGUGUCCCGUCCACACCCCCGAUGGAGCACCAUGUGGGCUUCUAAAUCACUUGGCGCACCAGUGCAGAAUCGCCUGCUCAGGCCUUGAUGUAUCCGCGAUCCCGAAGCUUGUCGCUCAGUUGGGCGUAUCGAGUAAAUCAUCCGCAUCCCUCGAUGCAAGUGUGGUCGUACAAUUGGACGGCCGCGUCUUGGGCUUCUGUUCGCCAAAACAAGCCAAAGCAAUAUGUGAUACGCUCAGAUAUUUUAAGGUUGAAGGCGGCCACGGCGUGCCGUUGGAGCUGGAAAUUGGCUACGUACCUAACUCGGACGGCGGCCAGUAUCCCGGCGUUUACAUGUUUUCGCAGGCUGCACGGAUGUACAGACCGGUGAAAUAUUUGCCCCUCGACAAGUUAGACUAUGUGGGACCGUUUGAGCAACCAUUCCUUAGCAUAGCUUGCACAGAACCCGAGAUCGUGUCGGGUGACUCCACGCAUGUGGAAUACGACCCUACCAACAUUCUAAGCAUCCUAGGUAAUCUCACACCAUUUUCGGACUUCAAUCAAAGCCCACGUAACAUGUACCAAUGCCAGAUGGCAAAACAGACGAUGGGAACGCCUGGGACCGCCCUGCGCUACCGAACAGACAACAAGACCUACCGCUUACAGACUGGUCAGACGCCUGUCGUGCGACCGCCUCUCCACAACGCUUACGGUGGUGACAAUUUUCCCAAUGGGACGAAUGCCGUUGUGGCUGUCAUUUCGUACACAGGUUACGAUAUGGACGACGCUAUGAUUUUAAACAAGUCUGCACAUGAGCGCGGCUUCGGGCAUGGCACCAUUUACAAGACUAAGAUCUGCGACCUUGAAGAGGGGUCGCGGCGAAACCGGUCUAAUAAGUCUGUCUCCAAGCUGUUCGGCUUUGCCCCAGAAGGUGUAAUUCGAGCAUCGUGGAGAGAAACGUUAGACGACGACGGCUUCCCCUUGGUCGGGACGAUGCUACGUUCCGGUGAUAUCAUCGCUGCAUGGCACUCCGUUUCGUACGACCCAUCUACCGACGACUAUGUCAACCGCGACGGGCAAACCAAUUUCUUCAAAUAUAAGGAAGACGAACUCGCCUUUGUAGAAGAGGUGAGGAUCAUCGGCUCUGACACGGGUGCAGACCCUUGCCAAAAGAUCAGCAUCAAACUACGCGUCCCGCGUUCACCCGUCAUUGGCGACAAGUUCUCGUCCCGACACGGCCAGAAGGGUGUAUGUUCGCAGAAAUGGCCCGCGAUCGAUAUGCCAUUCUCAGAAUCGGGAAUUCAACCAGACGUCAUCAUUAACCCCCACGCCUUCCCUUCUCGAAUGACGAUUGGUAUGUUCGUCGAGUCGCUCGCGGGCAAAGCCGGGGCUCUUCAUGGCAUAGCACAAGACUCCACACCCUUCCGCUUCGACGAGCAGAAUACCGCCGUCGACUUCUUCGGCCACCAGCUCAUGAAAGCGGGCUACAACUACUACGGAAACGAGCCUAUGUACAGCGGUAUCACGGGCCAGGAACUCGCGGCCGACAUCUAUAUUGGAGUCGUCUACUACCAGCGUCUCCGACACAUGGUGAACGACAAAUAUCAAGUCCGAACUACUGGACCCGUCAACUCGCUCACCGGUCAGCCCAUCAAGGGUCGUAAGAAGGGUGGCGGUAUCCGUGUUGGAGAGAUGGAGCGCGACGCCCUGAUUGCGCACGGCACUGCAUUCCUUCUGCAGGACAGGUUGAUGAACUGCAGCGACUACACAAAGACGACUGUCUGUCGCCAAUGCGGCUCGUUCUUAUCGACCACGCCGACGGUUAGCGAGUAUCAGCGGAAGAAUCGCGGCGGUGCGAAUGUCACGGUGCGGUGUAGGAGAUGUGCGAAGCUAGCGGAUAGCGUGGCGAGUAAGAGCGAGGUGUGGACGGAUGGCCAGGGCAUUAGGUAUACGGGUGGUGACGAUGUGGCCGUUGUGGCGGUACCGGGUGUUCUCAAGUACCUUGACGUGGAGCUUGCGAGCAUGGGGGUGAGAUUGAAGUUUAAGGUCGAGCCGUGAGCCGUUUGUGUGUGUGGGUUGAAUGCAUAGCAUUAUCUGGCGCAUGGGAUACCAAAAGACAAAAGCAGCCUAGUUUAGCAGCAUAGCGGAGUUGGAAAUGACAUAAUUAGACAUCUUG